GGGGCAGCGCCGCUUCUCGCCAUGGACGGCAUGGAGUUCUUCUUCGAGGAAUCUGCAUCAGGGUUGGUGCCGCGGGUGUCCGGCGAAGUUUUCUUAAGUGGUCUAGUUGCGGGCGAGCAACUAACUGAAGGUGGCACAAGUGGAACAGAGGAUGCGGAGGAGGAGUUGAUUUCUUCUCUGCCCAUGGGUCGAGCUGGAGGCGGCAUGGAUUGUGAAGCCGGCGAAGGUGCUGGUACGGGGGGCUGCGCACUGUAUAAUCUUGGCGACGAAGGGGUGGGCGAUUCCUGCGAGACGGGUGGUGCAAAUACAGUCCCUGAUGCCAUGGGCCAGGAUGCAGACGAAGAUGGCGUGGGAGUGUCAAACGCAAAAAAAUCUUCUUGGACCAGGAGGGUCAGAGUUAGAAAAGUUACAGAUGAGAGGGAGCCCAGCCCUUCAAGGAUGCCUGCCCUUGAAGCUUCUAUGCAUUUGUCGAUAAAAAGUCUAAAAAUGUUAACAAUCCAUCGAUUGGAACUAGUUUUGAUUCCGUCGAAGAGGACUACGAGUUUUACAAUCUUUAUUCAUGGGAGGUUGGUUUUGGGGUGCGCUAUGCAAAAAGCCGUUUGAAUGUACACUUGAAAAAGUGCAUGCAGGAGAUAGUUUGUGCAUGUGCGGUGAGUCAGGAACAUACCCUGUUCAAGAAUUCAUCUGAUUAACCAGUUAACUUGCAGAUUAAUCCCUACUCAUAGGGUCCCCGAGUAGCCGGUUACCCGAUAAAUCAUCCGAUUAAUUGAUUAAAUGGUCGAUUAACUUGCCGAUUAGCCUAUUAAUCCCCUACUCACCAGCCAACCGAGCAGCUACCAGUUAACGAUUUCCUCAACAAUGGUAACAUAACAUCAUUUUCCUAUUACAUUUUGGGUUUUUUUAGCUUCAUUUCAUUUUUAAAAGCCAUGCAAAAGAAUGUGGAUAUUAAUUUACAUUUUUUUCAUCCUCUGAUUUGCAUGCACGCUUGUCUUCUGCAGGGUAAGCCAUUGCAAGCCAACAGUAGGUCGACGAGGUGUGGUUGCAAUGCCAUAAUACGACUGUUGAGGUCAGACGAAGGUGGAUGGUAUGUAUGCGAGCACAGGGCUGACCACAACCAUGAUUUACCUCUUAAUUGUGGAGAAAAUUGCACUGGAAGUCGCACCAACACAUAGAUAGCUAUACAAGGGACCUGGUUAAGCAAUUGAGAGAAAAUAUUAUCAGCAUUAGCAAGGUUUACAGUGUCAUAGGUAGUUUCUUUGGCAUGUAAAGGACGUGUCAUUCACGAAACGUUCCUUAAAAACACUAUGUGGUAAACUUAACUGAGAACAGUCUCUUAAUGAUGCAACAAAAACCAUAGAUGUAUUCAACAAUAUGAGGGUAGAGGACCCUGAAUUUAAAUACAGUGUUUAGGUUGACACUAAGGGUAGGAUUAAGACAUUCAUGUGGGCUGCUGGCAGAGGGAUUGAGCAAUUCAAGUGUUUCGGUGAUGUUGUGACAUUUGAUACAACCUACAAGACAAACCUGUACGACAUGCCAUUUGGGCUUUUUGUUGGUGUCAAUAAUCACUUCCAAAGCAUCAUUUAUGAAGGCGUGUUGAUGAGUGAUGAGAAGGUGCACACUUUCAAGUGGAUAU